AUGUCGGGCAAAGGAGGCAAGGGCAAGACGCCCGCAACGAAGGCUGCCAAGCAGCCAGCUCAAGCUCCCCCUGCUGCGCCGGCCAAGGCCGCGCCCAAGCCUGCGCCCAAGGCCGCGCCCAAGCCCGCGUCGCCCAAGGCCAAGGCGCCGAUUGUGACGCCCGAGCUCGUUGCGCAAAAGAAGGCGCUCCUCGAGAGCCUCUCGACCAGCAAG